AUGACCUCUGGGAAUGGAAACACUAACAGCAACAGGAGCCGAGACAAAGGAGAGAGCAGAGCAGCCCAGGCCCUCAUGAGGUGCCACAUCCUCACCCACCUGAUAGAGGGCUUCGUCAUCCAGGAGGGGGCCGAGCCGUUCCCUGUGGAGCGUCCCUCUUUCUCAGUCGAGAGCCUGAGGAGACACACUGCAGACUCAAAGAUGGACCUCCUCUCACCAAAGGAGCUGAAGGUCCAGCAGGAGCCCAUGCUGACCUGUGAGCUGUGUGGCAGGGUGGAUUUCUCCUACGUCUUCAAAAGGUCCAAGAGGUUCUGUUCCAAUGUGUGCGCCAAACGCUACAAUGUGGGAUGCACAAAGAGAGUGGGUCUCUUCCCAAACCGGAAAUCCACCCUGGAGAACAUGAAGAAGCAGAGAGCCCUGAGCGGAGAGCUGAAUCACUGCAGCCUGGAGCCCAAGAAGAAGAAGCCUGCUGCUGCUGCUGCUGCCUCUCCCUCCACCGGCCAGUCGCUCCACCCCGCUCAGGGACAGUCCAGCCAAUGCUCAGACCUGCCUGGGUACAAGAGACCCCCGUCCCCCCCGUCAGCCACGCAACCCUUCUGCUUCCUGCCCUCUGACCCCGGCCGGUGGAACAUAGAUGAGGUGUACGAGUUCAUGUCCUCUCUGCCAGACUGUCUGCAGGUGGCUGAGGAGUUCCGCUCUCAGGAGAUCGAUGGGCAGGCCCUGCUGCUGCUGAAGGAGGACCACCUCAUGGCCACCAUGAACAUCAAGCUGGGGCCCGCACUGAAGAUCUACGCCCAGAUCAGCACGCUCAAAGACUCGUAGCCCAUCUAACACGCACACACGUUGACAGAGCUGUGGUGCCACAUUAGUUUGAUGGACGUUCUGACAU